AUGGGAUCACUGCAGGAGCAUUCAGCCGAAUCUUUUUUUAACCUUUCUCAACACCAUCACCGAUGCCAAAUUGGAGGGAACAAGACAUCAAAAACGCGGAAAAAGACGUGUCCACGCAAAGCCGCCAAAGCCUGGGGCAUCCCCUACACCACCCUCUACCACCGGCUCACGCCCGGCAGGAAGACAUGCAGAGAGGCCAAGCAGGCGUACCAACGACUCAGCGUAUCCCAGGAGAGGUCUCUGGCUGCCUGGGCCAUUUCGCAGGCGGAGCUGGGAUUCCCCGUCACCCGUCCUCAGGUCAAGGAGUUUGUGUUGAAGGUGCUCGCCGCGCAUGGUGACACCCACGGGCUGCAAGAGGGAAAGGUAGCAGAGACACAGGAAACGGGAGAGGCAGAGGCCGGAGCAGGGAUAGAAGCUAGAGCAGCGGCACAGGAUGGGGCAGGGGAAGGAGCUGGAAUGAUGACAGAACUUGGAGAAACGACAGAAGCUGGAGGGGUGACGGGAAGUCAGGCAGAGGUGGAGGAUGAAUCAGUGGUAGAAGCUGGAGCAGGGACAGACGUCGAGGCCGAGGCCGAGGUGGAUGAAGUGGACAUGGAGACCCCAGCCGGCCAGAAUAACAACGAAGACAUGGAGACGUGGGAGCCGUGA